ACUCCAACGACAAGUCUGGGGCGCUGCUGUGCUACUCACAAGGCUGCACCACAACACUGCACCGAUUUAAAUCCUAAAUAGUCGCUUCUCUGUUUGUUGUUUUUGCACAAGAAAAUCGAGUGUCACGCUAAAGAGUGUGCUCGGUUACAUUUCGGCUGAAAAUGCGCGUUUAGCCCGGUUCUGCCCAGCUCGGCCUGGCCUGCACAGGCUAAAGGCAGUGCGGGUUAUCACUACUACAAACGAAUGUUAAGUUGCCCGUGAACUUUGUCACAUUUUGGAGCCAUGUCGACCCUGCUAUUGGUGAGAAACUGCACGAGAGCGAUAUCAGCGAUCGGCUGGGGGCGCAGAGGCACCGAAGCACUUUCAGGAGUUCAUCGGGCUGCGCGGCGCACAAUCAUAGAUCUGUCCUACUCAGCGCACUUCAUGGAUUUUAAAGGAUCCUCCAUACCGAGCAGCAUGAAAAAGCUGGUCGUAAACAAGCUAAGUCCCAAUUUCAGGGAGGCUGUUUCUAUGCAAACCGUUGCGGUGCCUACACCCGGAGACGCGGAGCUGCUCGUCAGGAAUCGUUUUGUGGGGAUCAACGCCUCUGAUAUUAACUACUCAUCAGGCCGGUACGACCCCUCAGUGAAGCCCCCCUUUGAUGCUGGUUUCGAAGGCAUCGGUGAGGUCGUCGGCCUCGGCCUUAGCGCCAGUUCCCGCUUCACCAUUGGAGACACAGUGGCCUAUUUCAGCAAUGGUGCAUUCGCCGAAUACACCAUCAUAAAAGCCAAAGAAAGCAUUCCUGUCCCUGCUGUGAAACCAGAGUUCCUCACCCUGCUGGUCAGUGGCGCCACGGCCUACAUCGCCCUGAAACGUCUGGGCGACCUCACAGAAGGUGAGACUGUCCUGGUCACGGCAGCUGCAGGAGGAACGGGGCAGUUUGCAGUGCAGUUCGCCAAACAGGCCGGCUGCCACGUCAUCGGGACGUGUUCGUCUAACGAGAAAGCUGGCUUCCUUAAAUCCAUCGGAUGCGACCGGCCGAUCAACUACACCUCAGAAGACUUGGCGAAGACGCUGAGAAAAGAGUACCCGAAAGGCAUCGACGUGGUGUAUGAGUCUGUGGGCGGCAGUGUCUUAGACCUUGCUGUGAAAAGUUUGGCCAACAAGGGUCGACUGAUUGUGAUCGGCUUCAUUUCCGGGUACCAGAGUGCUUCAGGGUUCCCACCCUUCAAAGGGGACACCCUCCCCGUCAGGCUGCUGCAGAAGUCAGCCAGCAUGCGAGGUUUCUUCCUGCCGCACUUCUUCAGUGACUACAGAGAGGCUCUGGGGAGCAUGAUGCAGAUGUUUGCUAAGGGGAGGCUGAAGUGUGAGGUGGAUUGUGGGGAUUUGUCAGAGGAGGGGAGGUUUGUAGGCUUGGAAUCAGUCUUCAGGGCUGUGGACUUCAUGUAUGCAGGGAAAAACCUAGGCAAGGUGGUGGUGGAAGUGGCUCCAGCCACUGUUAGCAACAGUAAGCUGUGAUUUAACUGAUAAAAAUGCACUAAAAAAGGGUUAACUUGAACCUUAAUGAAUGCUCACUAACAAAUAGAAACGUACGGUGCUUUAAAUCAUACUUUAACAGAGAUUUUGUUCUUUAUUUUUGUACGAUAGUUGAGAACUAUUAUAAGUAAAGCCUCAGAAAUGAAUCAGCUGCUUUUUUUUAAUCUACACAUGAGACAAAAGUGUGUUUCCACCUGGUUGAUAAUAUUGCAAAACGCUCAGAUUAAAAAUCCGAAAAGA